UCCUGGUCUGGUUUCCUGGCCUCCUCGAGGCCUUUGCAGACUCCGCCUCUUCUCGUACUUUGCCUCUGUUGUUUAGUAACAGCCGCUAGCUGGGGCCCUCGGUCGCCGUCUCCGGGGGCCCCUGGCUGCUCGCUCUCGCAUGCAGCCCGAGCCCAGGUCGGCCCCUCGGCUUGGAUCCCAGAGGGAGCAAAAUCCUGCCAGCGUUUCCACUCGCUGCCUCCCGUCCGAGCAGCGACGUGCAAAAGAUCUGUCUUGAGGGGAAGAAAUAACAGGGCCAGGUCGGGAGCUGGUGCAAACCGGAGCAGCUCUCUGGAAACCGAGGGGUGGUGAGGCUGAUAGACCCCAACUGAGGAUCUGGCCUGAAAUGUCUGUUUGUUGUUCGCAAACGGAGUGUCCUGCUGCAGGGCCCCCGAUGGGAUUUGCCUGCUGGGAACCGACAGCAGAACUUGCCCCAUUACCGGACCCUGGGAGGAAUAAGGGGACACAAGGAAUGCAAGACUGGUCCGGAUCCUUGAUCUGUCUGUCUCCACCACUGGCCAGGACCUGAGGCUUCAGGAGCCCCGUAGGCAGCCGGCUCCAAAAUGUCUCUGUGGAGCCUCGUCUCGCACAUGCCUCCGGAGCAGUUCAGCGGCCUCUUCGGGGAGUUCCCAUGCGACCUGCGCAGCCUGCUGGCCGACUGGCUGGAAAACCAGCCGUGGGAGUUCAUCACCGGCGCCGACUCCUUCUGCACCAACGCGGCCGGUGCGCUGCUCUCCGCCAUGGUGGAAAAGCUCCGCAGCCUUGCCAGCAGCAACGAGCAGCAGUGUCAGGUCCUCCAGCACAUUGGUAACCUGGAGAACACGUAUCGGAGAGACCCGCUGAGGCUGGUGGCAGUCGUGAAAAGAAUUCUGGAGGGCGAGAGAGCUGCCUUGCUCAAACGGGAUCGCCACCUGCCGCUUAACUUCCACCGCAGGCAGGAGGAGCUGAAGUUCGGGCUGGACCUGCAGAGGCUCCAGCAUCGAGUCGGGGAGAUCCAGGCGCUCCAGGAAGGAUGGAAGCAGAUGGGAGAGGGGACCAGAGCCUGCCGGCAGACGAAGCUGCAGGAGUCCCAGCUGAAGACAGACGGGAAACUCCAGGGGAACGAUCUGCCCUCUCUCAUCCUGGAGGCCGUGAAGGAGCUGGAAGGCGCCAAGCUGCAGGUGCUGAAGAGGCUGCACAUCUGGAAGCGGCAGCAGCAGCUGGCGGGGAACGGGGCUGUCUUCGAGGAGAACCUGGCUCCGCUCCAGAAGAGGUGCGAGAAUCUGGUGGACAUUUAUUUCCAGCUGCAGCAGCAGGUGGUGGCGGUCGGCGGGGAGCUGGGCUCCGACCUGCUCUCCCGGCUCCUGGAGCGGCUCAACACGGUGCUGAGUGCCCUGGUCGAAAGCUCCUUCCUGGUGGAGAAGCAGCCCCCGCAGGUGCUGAAGACCCAGACCAAGUUCCAGGCCAGUGUACGUUUCCUGCUGGGCCCCCGGCUGCUCCAGGCCUCGGCGAAGCCCUACGUGGUCAAAGCCGACAUGGUGACGGAGAAGCAGGCCCGGGAGCUGGCGCUUGGCGGCUAUGGCACCCCGCUCAGCGAAAGCACUGGGGAGAUUGUGCACAAUACAGUCGCCCUGGAGAUCAACUCCACCAGUGCCACGUCCUGCGCCACCUUCAAGAACAUGCUGCUGAAGAAGAUCAAGCGCUGCGAACGCAAGGGCUCCGAGUCGGUAACGGAGGAGAAAUGCGCCGUGCUCUUCAGCACCGACGUCACCUUGGGGCCCGGGAACCUGCCCUUCCACCUGCAGGCCCUGUCUCUGCCGAUCGUGGUCAUUGUGCACGGGAACCAAGACAACAACGCCAAGGCCACCGUGCUGUGGGACAACGCCUUCUCCGAGCUCGAGCGGGUCCCGUUCGUGGUGGCCGAGCGGGUGCCCUGGGAGAAGAUGUGCGAGACGCUCAACCUGCGCUUCAUGGCGGAGGUGCAGACCAGCAAGGGGCUGCUGCCGGAACAUUACUUCUUCCUGGCCCAGAAAAUCUUCAACAACAGCAGCGCCAGCCCCGAGGACUUCCACAACCGCAGCGUCUCCUGGGCCCAGUUCAACAAGGAGAUCCUGCCUGGCCGGGGAUUCACCUUCUGGCAGUGGUUUGACGGGGUCCUCGACCUCACCAAGAGGUGCCUCAAAAGCUACUGGUCGGACAGGCUCAUCAUCGGCUUCAUCAGCAAGCAGUACGUCAGCAAGCUGCUGGGGCCCAAGCCCCACGGGACCUUCCUGCUGCGCUUCAGCGACUCGGAGAUCGGCGGCAUCACCAUCGCCCACGUCAUCCGCGGCCAGGACGGCUCCAUCCAGGUGGAGAACAUCCAGCCCUUCUCCGCCAAGGACCUGCACAUCCGCUCCCUGGGCGACCGCAUCCGAGACCUGGCCCAGCUCCGCAACCUCUAUCCCGACAAGCCCAAGGACCAGGCCUUCGGCAGCCACUACAACAAGGAGCAGAUGGGGAAGGACGGCAGAGGCUACGUCUCCACCGCCAUCAAGAUGACGGUGGAAAGUGAAAGGGAUCAGAAGCUGCCCCCCCAGGAGUCUGUCCCAGCCCCCGCCUCGGCGAACAUGUACAGCUUGCCAGGGCUGACCCCCGAGCAGCCCAUGGACCACCUGUGCCAGGUGCUGGCGCCCGACAUGCGCCCUCCCGCGUUCCCUGCCCAGAGAGUCCUGCCCCAGUUCCACGCCCCGGAGGAGGCCAGCAUGAGCAUGGGCAUCCCCAGUGCCUCCCCUUUCCACAGCCCCCCGACGCUCCUCCCGGUGCCCGUGAGCACCACGACCACCCCGCUGCCCCUCGGCCCCAACGUCGCCUUCGGCUGCCAGCCCCUGUCGCCGGAUUUGCUGCCCUACAGGUACUUGCCAGAGGACCCCCUGCCCCUCGGCCUGGAGGACCUGUCGCCCCACCCCAUGGACGAGGAGAUGCCGGAAAUCGCCCCCUUCUCGCCCGCCAGCCACGUCUCGGCCUUCGGGGCCCUGCUGCCGGCCCCGCCCCAGCUGCUGGCGGGGCUGGGCACCGUGGACCUGCCCUCGGAGGACGAGCUCACCCAGCUCCUGUACGAGGCACAGAUGGAGGAGGGGCUCCAGCCCCCCCCCCAGCCCUGCAGCUACGGCGACCCCAUGGCCAACCCCAGCUGGUGACCUCGCCGCGGGGGCGCCCCCUGCUGGACACUUGGGAGCGCGGCGCCCCUCCAGGAGAGACGGGGCCCGGGGCUGGGGGCCUCGGCUGGGACCCUCGGGACCCGCCCCAGCCGGACGUGCGCCUGGGACUGAGCCGCCCUU